AUGGACGUGUUUGGUAGUACUUUAGAGUGUGAAAGUAAUAAGAUGAUCGACGGAUUCGUAGCAACAAUUAAAACAUUACAAGAAGAUAUAGCAAAAAUAACCGACUGGAUGGAAAUACAAGAAAACAAAUUUCUCGCUCUCGACAAAAAAUCUGAUGAAAUAGUGAUAAAAAUAAAUAAUAUUGAAACAUCUGCAAAUUAUUUAAUCGCAGGUAUAAUUACCAUUUCCAAUCUAGAUUCUAGAUUAAGUAAAAUAGAAAAGCGUAUGCCGCUCAGUAUAGAUAAAACCUUCGUGUUAGAAAGACGUGUGUAGCACAAUGUCGUCAGGUAUACUAGAUAUCGAGUGCAUUUUAAGAUCGGAUAAUAAGUAUCUAAUCAUGAAAAUGUCUAUAAUAGAUACUGACACGUGGGCAACACAACAUUGGAUAUUCAAAAAUUCACCUUGUGCUCAAAAUGGAAAAAGUCGCAAGACGAAUAAAUGGCUCGAACAUAAUUUUCACCAUAUGACUUAA